UACUCUUCCUCUUUCCUUUUGGUGGCGCGGGGUUUUAUGGGAGCGUGCGCCGCUUUCAUUUAAAUAAAGUAAUUCUGCAAUUUUGUAAGAAGUGGUUUACUGUUGGAACAUAAUAGUUUGGCGUCGCGUUGUGACUGUUCGUUAUCAGACAUGGGAGGUAACAACAGUACUCGCCGAGUGUCCUUUGAAGCGGACGAGAAUGACAACGUGACAGUGGUGAAGGGCAUUCGGCUUUCCGAAAAUGUUAUCAACAGAAUGAGAGAGCCAUCCCCAGUUCCAACAAGAUCAGCUAUUCAGCCACCUGGAAUUCCUCUUUCUACUGCUGGCAAAGAAGAUGCUGUUAAUAAGAAAACUACUGAAAAUUUGGAAAAUGAAAGUUUCAUACAAGAUACUAAUCUGCAAAAACGACUGGAACAGAAUAAAGCAUUUGUUCGCAAUGAAAUUAAUAAAGUUUUAGAAGAGGAGCGUUCUGCUGCCAGUGAGAACAUUACCAGAGCUGUACUGCGUGAGCGAUUGGCUACAGAAGAAGAGCGGCUGAAAGCCAAAAAACUGGCCAAGCAAUUGGAAGAGAAAGACAGAGAGUUAAAAAAACAAGAUGCAUACUAUAAAGAGCAGCUAACAAGAUUGGAAGAGAGAAGUUCUCAGUUUUAUAAAGUCACUACUGAGCAGUAUCAAAAGGCUAUGAAUGAAGCUGAAGCAAAGUUUAAACGAUAUGAAUCCCAUCCCAUCUGUGCAGAUCUCCAAGCUGGCAUUCUGCGUUGUUACCAGGAGAACCAAACACAAACUCUUAGCUGCUCCAUGUUGGCUAAACAGUACCUGCAAUGUGUUAACAAUGUGAAACAGACAAUGCUCCAGAAAGGUGGUUAACUACUGAUCUUUCUUCACAAAGGCUCUAUCUGUUUCCUAGAGAUUAUUUUGCAAAAUCUAGCAUCAUAGUUCAGAAUAAGUCAAGACUGGGCAACAAACAACACUGUGGAAAGUGGAAAGAUUUAGGACAUUUUUUUUUUCCUUCUGUUUUUCCACACAUUUUGGCCUUACCUUAUUUCUAGAUGUAAAGAUAAUAUCAGCUUCAUAUAAGUAAAAGGAAUUUUGUUUCUUUACUGCAAAAGUUACAAAACUUGUUUGCUUUUGUAUGUAUGUCAUAUUACUUUUAUUUUUUAUUUUAAGGUAAUGAUAAUUCUUCCUCUGGUGUCCAGAAUUCAGUUGACUGUUUUUGAACUCACUAUUUAAAGUAUAUUUUAAGAA